GCAGAACGGCAGCGGUGAACUUUACCCAGAAUCUGUGAACGUGUGUGUGUGUCCGUGUGUGUUUGAGGGGUAGUCCUAUGAUAAAUGAGCACAUCGCCGCGCUGCUCGCCGACCUGCAGGACGUGAUCAUGGGCAGCACCCUGGCCAAGUGCGCCGCCACCGACCUGGGCAUCCAGUGGGCCGGCUGGGCUCUGGCUGCAGCCUUCAGAACCGAGAAGUUUUAUGAUUUGGCAGCCUGACUCUUGGAUUCAGGACAGUGUAUUUGGUGUAAAGUCAACUCGACAGAAAAGUGAAACAAAAGAGCCUACAGGAUCUGGCACAUUUAUACUACUUGCCCACCUGAGUCGUUUCUGGGGAGGAGCCAGACAUGUCCGGCAGAAUGUGCAGACUGGGUUGGUGACAGCAUGGGGACUCAGGCUGGGGACAUUCCUCUUCAUGCGGAUCUUGAAGGACGGUCAUGAUCGCAGGUUCAACAAUGUCAGAGACAGCCCAGGGACUUUCUUUGUGUAUUGGACUAUUCAAGCACUGUGGGUAUUUAUGACCCUCCUGCCCACCCUCAUGCUGAAUACCGAGAAGCGAGAUGUGCCUCUGGGAACGAGGGACUACCUCGGCUGGACUAUAUGGGGCCUGGGCUUCGCUACUGAAGCUAUUGCUGACCAGCAGAAAUUGCUUUUCAAGCGAAACCCAGAUAAUGCUGGGAAAUUCAUCCAGAGUGGACUAUGGGCUUACAGCAGACACCCAAACUAUUUUGGAGAGAUCCUGCAGUGGUCGGGUCUCUGGCUCUCAGCCUCAUCAGUGAUGCAGGGUCCCCAGUACCUGAGUGUGGCGUCGCCUCUCUUCGUCUGGUUCCUGCUGCGUUACGUCAGCGGCAUCCCCAUCCUGGAGAAGCAGGCCAUGAAGAAGUGGGGAUCAGUUCCAGGCUUCCAGGACUACAUCAAGAACACUCCUCUGCUCUUGCCGUGGCCUAAAUUUUGAUGUCACGUUGAUGAACGUUUUCUUAACUGAACAUACGUUUGUCGGUGUCCUGAGCAAAACUCAAAAUGUCUGACAUAUUCUGUCAAAUAAAUUCCAGUUUAUCACACAAUCCUUAAAU